UAGGUUCCACAAGAUUGGUCAUUCAAAUUUAUAAACGCUCAUAUAAAUUAUAACCAUAUCAGUUAUUGUUAAAAGUAUGUGCUUAUGUCAUGUUCGGUGCAUAUGCUAUGCAUAUAACCCCGAUAUAGAUCAUAUUAUGUAGUAAAAGCUAUAUGUCUUGCUGUCAUAUAAUUAAAUAAUGUGUUUAAAAAUGGCGAACCAGCAAGAACAAUUAUUCCUGGACUCCGGAAUUCCACUCAGGUUUUUCAAUCUUCUAGGUGGUAAGUGUUGCUUAUUUUUAGUGAUUUACUAUUAUGUGAUUGCAAUUGAGCUUCAGCAGUUAUUAUAUCCACAAGUUUCUCCAACCUCCAAUGCUGAAGUGCUAAUUGAAGCAACUAGCUCAAAGCUGUCCAACGAAGCGCCGAGAACGACUGUAAAAGUUGAUAGUCCCGUUAAUUCCGACAGUGCGCGAGAUGUAUCAAGCAACGUUCUAGGCGAUUUGGAAAACAUUACAGCUAUCACACAGGUUUUAUUUUUACGUGUAGUACAUAGCUCAAUUAUUUAUUUAUUUAUUUUCGAUAUUUUGUGGCUACACGAAGACAUAAUGUACUCUCAAAAUAUUAUAAUUACAAAAACUCAAGCAUUUUUAACAAAAUCUCAGGCAAGUUACAAAAACUCUUUUCAGCAGUCGAUCGAUGGAAAUAUUCCACUAUUGGUGAACAGUUCGAACGAUUUAAUAUGCGAGGAGCCCAUAUCAAAUACUGGACAGCAAUCUAAUAAUAAGAAUAUUUCCUUGCUGAAUAGUCAGCAUACUUCCCUGUUGAGCAAGGCUCCAGGUGAAUUCGAAUAUCUGGAGCAUAUCAUAAAUUCCGAACAGUGUACAAUUAACCAGGAAGCAUCCUUGUUGAAUAAUACUCCAGAUGAAUUUAGGUCCCUGGAAGACAUCACGAAUACCGGACAGCACACGAGUGAUUCUAACAUUUCCCUGUUGAGCAAUGCUCCAGGUGAAUUAGCUUGCCAAGAAGAUAUCGAAAAUAUCAAAAAGUUCACAUACCUACAAGACAUCACAAAUACCCAACAGAACUCUAUUCGGCGAUUCAAACAUCAAAGCAAUUCCCUGUUGAGCAACGUUCCAGGCGAGCUGUUAUGUUUGCAGGACAACAUAAUAAAAGAGAAGGCUACAUGUGAUCAAAACACUUCAACGUUGAGCAAUGCUCCGUGUGAAAUCAAAAGCAAGCAUAGAAUUACAACUACUGCACAGCGUUUGAUCGACCAAAAUACACCCGGCUGUAGCGGUCUAAACCUCCGGCGUAGAAGUGUGGCGGAGAAGCUGAAGCACGUGAACUCCGUUACCUGUGUCAGUACCGGACAAAUACAAGUGGACGAUACGCAAGCUGCCGAAAAAUCGGUGCAACAAUUCGUUAUCGACCAAAUAAGUGUUGCCGAUAAGGUGCUUGAUGGGAGAAUAGUUUGUCGUAAGGAUACCGGAGAAACCAGCGAACGAAUUAUCGUGGCGGAUCGGACGGUGAACGAGUAUACAGUUGUGCAUCCUGCUGCUUGCCAAAUUUUGGUGGAGAGACAAACGGAGUGUUUGAUCGACCAAAAUACACCCGGAUGUAGCGGUCUGAAUCUCCGACGUAAAAGUGUGGAGGAGAAGCUGAAGCACGUGAAUUCCGUUGGCCGUGUCAGUACCGGAAAAAUACAAGUGGACGAUAAGCAAGCUGCCGGAAAAUCGGUGCAACAAUUCAUUACCGACCAAAUAAGUGUUGCGAAUAAGGUGAUUGAUGGGAGAAUAGUUUGUCGUACGGAUACCGGACAAACGGCGGAUCGGACGGUGAACGAGUAUACAGUUGUGCAUCCUGCUGCUUGUCAAAUUUUGGUGGAGAGACAGACGGAGCAUUUGAUCGACCAAAAUACACCCGGCUGUAGCGGUCUAAACCUCCGACGUAAAAGUGUGGCGGAGAAGCUAUUGAAUUCCGUUGGUCGUGUCAGUACCGGACAAAUACAAGUGGACGAUACGCAAGCUGCCGAAAAAUCGGUGCAACAAUUCGUUAUCGACCAAAUAAGUGUUGCGGAUAAGGUGAUUGGUGGAAGAAAAGCUUGUCGUACGGAUACCGGACAAACCAGCGAACAAAUUAUCGUGGCAGAUCGGACGGUGGACGAGUAUACAGUUGUGCAUCCUGCUGCUUGCCAAAUUUUGGUGGAGAGACAGACGGAGGUAAAGUCUAUUGACCAUAUCAAUACCGGAAAAACUUGUUUACAAACUAGUGUGGUGGAUGGUCAACGGAACGGAAAUUCUGUUGGAAGUCUGAUAGCUGAUCAAAGAGAUGUAGCGGAGAAGCCGACAAUCGAUAAUGUCCUUGAGCGUAAACUGUUCAGUCCAACUAUUCUACAUAAUUUGCUGAAUUCUUCAGAGCUGGGCAAAGACAUAAUACGACGAUCUGAGAUUGGAGAGUUAUCUACCGGAAGACAAUAUGAAUUGGCAGGCAUUAUCGCGGAAUGGCACUUGACAAACAGAACAAGACUACUACAGGAAGAUCUCGAGGAGUAUGCCGUAGCAGUAACAUCGGUAUUUCAAUCGGAAAAGAAGGAAACUUACUAUUUGGAGCGAGGAGGAUCAAAAAGAAAUCCAGGUGGUAUCGUUUACAACAAGAUUUGUAAUUUACGAGCGAAAUCGCGCAAACGUGACAAAUCAGAGAACGAAUACGCCAAACGAAUUCGAACUGGAACCGAUGUCACAAAAAGCAACACAGUGUCUGCAUUGUCUAUGAACUGGUUGCAGCUUAACGAUGGUCCAUGGGCUACCAUUUUGGACAAAUGGAAGGAAAGUUUCCCGUCACGUAUCAACAUUGUCGGCAAAGUAACAGCACAGGAAAAGUUGCGACAAACCCACAUUUGGAAGCAUGUUCAAAGCGAAUACGGAUAUCAACUAAUGGAUAUUGACUUUGCGUUGAAAUACCCCAACGCAAAAGAUGGUAUGCAAGUGUGGGGAGACCUAUUGGAACAUAUUGUGGAUUAUUUGGUACGCUACGUUCACGACGAAUUUUCAUUGAAAAUUUUGCAUGAGCUAACGAAUUCCAACUUAAGCGAAGACUGCAGGUUGUGCGCUAUUCUAAUACUAUUGAACUGCGUACUACCACCGACUAGAGUAGCAGCAGGCUUCAAACCUACAGUAUCAUCUGCUCAGCAAGAGAUAAUACUUUUCGGCUCCACGGAGUAUGAAGCAAAACAAAAUCUACAGGAUUUGUACGAUCGGCAUAAGGACCUCGGACUACAGGCAGCUCCUAAAUUGAUAGCAAUUGGUGCCAACUACAAAGACUUGCAAGGUCCGUUUAUUGUUUGUUACAGUGACCUGUGUUACAAACUGCCCUCUCUGAAGCGCGCCGUAGACGUAUUCAUCAAAUUAGCGCUUAUCCUCGGAUUGCAACACUCAAGAUUCUCGAAGCUGGUGUGGCUUUUCGUCGUCAAAUGUAUUUACGGCGUUUACGUUCCAGAAAAAUACGCUAAUAUCGAAAAGCUGAUAAUUCAUCUCAACAACGUUCAACAUGUCUAACAAAGUUGUUUGUUUUGUCGAGGAAUGUGAUGCUACAUUCCAUUCAGCGGACGAGUAUAUAUCCCAUCUGAAUAGAACUCAUAAAAUACCCAACAAUCACAGGUGCAUAUGCACAAUCCACAAAUGUAGCCAGAUUUUCCAGAAAUAUUAUUCAUUUAAAAGACAUUUACUAAACCAUAAAAUUAUCAACCAUGAAAAACACAUAGAGAACGAACAACCAUUGCUAUAUUCAAGACCUGAAGAUAUUGUUCCAUGCAAUUCCGAUCAAUUCAACGAAGAGCGUCAGCCAGAUAACAUUAUGGUUGAAAAUCUGUCCAAAUUUGAUAACAAUAUCGUUGAGUUCUGUUUAAGUUUACAUAAGCGCCCAAACCUGACAAGAAGUGACGUUAGAGAUAUCCAGCAUAAAACUCAAAGCUUGUAUCAACUUAUAGCUAGGAGCAUAGAGGAACUAGGACUUAUCUCACCCAAUGCGGAUAAAAAUUAUCAAUUUCAUCAUUAUUUGCGAAAACUGAUACAUACCUUCGAUAAUAUUGAUACUGACUUUAAGCUUUUUAAACAUUUGGAAAACUUGAAUGUUUUCCAGAAACCACAGAUCAUAAUCAUAGAGCAACAAACCAAUAAGUUAGAAAUCGUAAUACAAGAAAACCUGCAUAAAAACAGCUGCUUGGUUCUCAUGCCAGUAGAAUUUCAGAUCAAAACAUUUUUUGAAAUAGAUAACGUUUUAGAUAGAACAUUAGAAUACAUAGAAAAACUUGAGAAGACGGAUCGUAUUCACAAUUUUGUCAACGGGAAAGUUUGGAGAGAAAUCAGAAAAAAGUACGCAACAGAAUUGCUCAUACCAAUUUCAUUUUAUGCUGAUGAGUUCGAGGUGAAUGAUGCGCUUAGUUCACACAAUAAGCGUCAUUCUGUGUGUGGACUGUACUACAGCUUUCCGGUUUUGCCAAAGGAAUUUUCGUCAAGGCUUCGGAAUAUAUUCAUAGCAGGAAUGGUGA